CCCGCUACGUCCGCCCCAUGCGCCAGGCCGCGAGAGGCAGGACGUGGAAGCGGAAGUGCUGGUCGGGGGCGUUCUCUCGAGUCUGGGGCUCAACUAGCGGACGCUGCCAAUGGAGGCGUCUAGCGAGCCGCCGCUGGAUGCUAAGUCCGAGGUCACCAACCAGCUUGUAGAUUUUCAGUGGAAACUGGGUAUGGCUGUGAGCUCAGACACUUGCAGAUCUCUUAAGUAUCCUUAUGUUGCAGUGAUGCUAAAAGUGGCAGAUCAUUCAGGCCAAGUAAAGACCAAGUGCUUUGAAAUGACAAUUCCACAGUUUCAGAAUUUCUACAAACAGUUCAAGGAAAUUGCUGCAGUUAUUGAAACAGUGUGAAGACGGAUUCUUUGGUUGAUAAAUUGCUAUCAUUCUAAAGUCAUGGACUUCACUUUCUGCCACAGAACCACAUAAGGAUGGAACAUUUAUUGAAUGAAAAAUGCACUUUUGUUUUUCCAUUUUUUUAAAUAAUAAAAAUCAGAUAAACAGGAA